UUCAGAAAUGCAUGCAUAAAUGACACGCGGAGUGUGUUAUCGGUGAAAACGCGACGCGGCCCGAACGUACACAGUCAUUGACGUCAUCUCUCUCUCUCUCUCUCUCUUUUUCUCUCCUCUCCCCCUCUCUCUCUGUCCUGUCCCUCCCUCUCUGUCGCCCUACGAGCACUGCACACGCAUGCAUCCGUACGUGCAUUAGACGGUGCGUAGUUCGGAGCGUAUUUGUUUUUCCACGACGUACAGUGUGACUGCCGUAUGUGUGAUCGCCGAUCUAAACGCAAUUUCUCCGGAACACCGCCAUAAUUGUAACCCAGGAUCGUCGCGUACCAAUGCUUUAACUGGAUUAUGCACCAGCUGUCAUCAGAUAUCUUUGCUGACUUUCAGUUUGUAAAUGCUAAAACAUGCCGCCCAAGCAGAGGAAAAUAGCCAUUAUGGGCUACAGAUCCGUAGGUAAAUCCUCCCUUAGCAUACAAUUUGUGGAGGGACAAUUUGUGGACUCAUAUGAUCCUACAAUAGAAAAUACAUUCACGAAAAGUACACGAGUGAAUAGUCAAGACUAUGAGCUCAAGUUAGUAGACACCGCCGGUCAAGAUGAAUAUAGCAUAUUUCCCACUCAGUAUUCAAUGGACAUCCAUGGCUAUGUCCUGGUGUAUAGCAUAACCAGUGCAAAGAGUUUUGAAAUUGUACAAAUUAUUUAUGACAAACUUCUUGACAUCACUGGGAAGCUACAUGUCCCGAUCGUAUUAGUGGGCAACAAAACAGAUCUAUAUGUAGAUCGUAUGAUCACGACGGAUCAGGGAAAGCGCUUAGCAAAUUCCUGGAAUGCGGCGUUUCUUGAAACAAGUGCGAAGCAAAAUGAGUCUGUUGCAGAUAUUUUUCACACAUUACUGAUCGAGAUCGAGAAGGCUAACGGAAACGUACAAGAAAAGUCGAAUUGCAUUAUUAGUUAAGUCGGGUCAGUGUCAUUUAAACGGAAAUAUGUAAAUGUAUAGAACUGGGUAAACGCAUUGGCAUUAUUUCUGGCAUAUUUACAAUCGCACUGAAACAAAUACAACUACAAAUACAACUAUCGAAAGCGUAAAAAAAACAAACCGCGUGUAAAACGUCUUAUUACAUCUCAUUUCGUUAGAUAAGAUGUUAUAGAUAAUUGAAUUCCGGGUACACAUAACAACAGUAAUAUUUAUACAUCCAGCUCUUGCGACAUAUCAUUAUUAUUUUUAUGGAAUAAUUGAUACUUACGUUCCGAUUUUACAUUCUGUUUGUAUAAUUAAACCUUAAGUACUCGUACGGAUAGAGAGUCAUAUAGAUAUGUGUUAGCAAGAUCAAUCGUUUCUUCCCACUUAACAGGCUUAAUAUUGAAUCUUGAAAACUUGUUUAUAAAGUUCAUCUGAUGCGAGUACUUAAGAAUUAAAGUUACAUAUACAAUAGAUGGUUAUUUUUAUUUAUAUCCGAUUAUACUCGAGGUCUUUGUGCGAUUAGAUUUAGAAUUUAUCAUUAAGAUGCAACAAUCAUAAAUUAAUUUUAGUUUCCUAAAAAAACUUUUCGUUUUAGUACAUACAAGUAUAUUCACGCAUAAAACGUGUAUAGAGGAUCUAGGAAUAAUUAGAAGAUCUACAUUAUAGUAGUUCUCUCUUAUACAAAAGUAUGUGAUUACAUUAAAAAAAAAAAUAUAUAUAUAUAUAUAUAUAUUUAUAUAUAGAUAUAUAUAAAUAUAUAUAUAUAUAAAAUAUGACUGCUUAAUUAGAGUAUACAGUUAUUAUAAGUUAUAGUUUACCGAUAACGCACAUCUUUAUUUUUAUUUAAAUCAGCUAAAUCAUAUACGGAUAUAAAUAAUAAAAAUAAUGUAAGGAUAUGAUGAAAUAUAUAUAAACUCAUUCCUGUAUCAAUAGAUCUGUUCUCUCUCGCCGAACUGACUGCACUAGUUUGCACUAGUUCUCUCUCCUCCAUCAAAUUUUAACUAUAUACCUGUCUUUUUUUCAAGUUCUGUAAGUGUAUACAAGUUCAGCGAAAAAGAACAAACCUAAUAAGUAAGAUUGUUUUUCGUCACGAAUUACAAAAACAUAAUUGUCAAUAACAAAAAUGCAUUAUAAUUUUGUUUAACACAGAGUAUCGUAGCGAUAGCGUCGAGAAAAGCUUCCACACAGAUCGUCGUAACUGUGAAACUUAAGACAUAAACUUAGGCUGAAAAACCAGCCAGAAUAUUGCUUUAAAUUUGUAUUUAUAUUGGAAGAAGAGAGCGGGCUUCGAUAGCCCAUAUAGGGAAUUAGCUGAUUUGAUGUAAAAUUUUCUAAUUGGCGGUCCAGUAGAAAAACUCUAGGUAUCGGUCGAUGUGUGUGGAUAGGAUGGGUCCUGUUAGCGCGUUGAUGCGAUAACACACAUCCAUUCAUAUCGAUCGGUGCCCAGAGCUUUUCCGUUGGAUCAUCAAUUAGAAAAUUUUAUAUUAAAGCCUGGUUUCACUGUGUGCUGGACAAUAAGUCAUUCUACAAUGCUCCGUCGGCAGUUAUGAAAGAUGGCGACCAGUACUUACAAAAAUGCAUUUUUUCGAUUACAAUGUACAGCAACUGUCGAUCGAAACACUUCAUUGCAACUUAACACUGAAACUACCGAAGCGGUUAAAAUGAUCGAUUUGUAAUUUUUUUCUUAUAUAAAAGUUACUCCAUUUUCUAA